AUGGGCGGCCUCCCAGGGCCCCAAGCCGGCAGACACGACUCCAAAAAAAUAAAACCAAAAAGGGUGCCAGCCAUCUCUUCUGCCUCGGUUAUUUUUUCAGAUGCCCGCACUCAGCGUGAGUUCGAUGAGAGCCAUAUCAUUACUGCACGCAAGAUUGAACAGAGUCCUACAGGGGAGUAUCUGGUACCGGAUUUGGAGGAGUUGGAGUGUGUCAGAUACUGUGUUGUGUAUGAUUGCGAGACCAGCUCUUUGGAUUUCUGUGACAAUGAGAAAGAGGAGAGUGAAAAAGGGGCCAGUGCGUCUUCAGAGAUUGAAAAUGCUGAGUCAAGUUCCCUAUGUUCAUUGAAUGCUGAGGAAGGAACUGCUGUUCGAUACGGCAAAGACUUAGAACAGUUCACCCGCCACCCUGUGCUCAUCCUGAGGGGAGGAUACAGGCGUUUUACAGCCUCCUAUCAUUUUCUAAGGACUCAGAAGUUAUUCUGGAUGCCUCAGGAACUAGAUAACUUGAAGCCAUACCCAGUAGAGAUACUGCCUGCAAAGUUAUAUAUGGGCAAUUUCGAACAGUCAUGUGAUCCAAAAAUUCUCAAGGAUUUGAAGAUCAAAGUGCAAGUCAACAUUUCUAAGCAGCCUUCAGCACUGUUUGCAGAAGACAAGCUCCUCCAUAUAUCUGUUCCAGAUUCUCCCAAUGCAGAUCUUUUCUCUUCCUUUUCCACUAUUUGUCAUUUCAUAGACGCUCAGAUAAAUUAUGGAGCAGUGCUGGUGUACUCUAACCUGGGGAUAAGCCGGAGCAGCACAGUAAUCAUGGCCUAUCUUAUGCAUUCCUCACAAUUUACCCUGAAGGAAGCUUGGGAAUACGUUCAGAAAUGCAAAACAAAUAUGAGACCAAACCGGGGCUUUGUGAAACAACUUUCAUAUUGGGAGGCCCAAAUCUAUGGAAUCACAAUCACAGACAUCACUGAACCAAAGUAUUGACAGG